GCAGCCACGUAUCUCCUGCUCGCAGGCGUCCGCAAGCACUGGGCACAAGCCCUUUGGAAAUCUUAGACGUAGUUUGCAGUCUUGCAUACCUCCCCGGGGGCCAUGGCCUGUCUGCUCAAGCCCACAGAUAGAUGGCUCCAAUGCCAGCUGCUGCCGAUGAAUAGCUCUUGCCACCAGCAAGAAGUUGGAAGGUACAGAAGGAAAGAACCUGGAGACUGCAGGACAAGAAAAUACGGCAAACAAUGGUUCGUAGCGGAAAGAAUGGUGGGCUCCAUCUGAAACAAAUCUCCUAUUACAAACGAACAGGAGAAUAUCAUCCAACUACGUUAGCAAGUGAGAGAAGUGGAAUAAGAAGAGCAGCCAAAAAAUUUGUUUUCAAAGAAAAUAAGUUGUUCUAUGUGGGAAAAGACAGGAAACAGAUGCGUUUGGUAAUUGUUUCAGAUGAGGAGAAGAAGAGAGUGCUACACAAAUGCCAUGAAAGUGCUGCAGGUGCUCAUCAUGGAAUAUCAAGGACUCUGACUCUGGUGGAGUCUAGUUACUACUGGACUUCCAUAACAAAUGACGUCAAACAGUGGGUGUAUGCUUGCCAGCAUUGCCAGGUGGCAAAGAAUACAGCCAUCAUAGUACCCAAAUUACACCCUAUCAAAGUAGAGGAUCCAUGGACUGCAGUCACAAUAGACCUAAUGGGACCAUUUAGUACCACCCGUAGAAACCAUAUGUAUAUCAUAAUGAUGACAGACUUGUUCACAAAAUGGGUGGUGGUUCUGCCACUACAAGACACUUCAGCGGUAGAAAUUGCUAAGGCAAUUGUCAGUGUGUUUUUCUCAUAUGGACCACUUAAAAAAAUGGUUAUUGAUCAAGCAGAAGAGUUUGUUCAUCAGAUCAACAGAGAACUAUUUGAGCUCUUUGGAAUGAAACAAAUAGUAUUGUCCUAUCCUCAGACAGAUGACACAAAUGAAAGAACAUGCAGGACAAUCAAGACUUUCCUGAACAAAUACUGCGCAGACCACCCCAAUGACUGGGAUGAUAAUUUAUCUGCCAUUGCAUAUGCUUUUAACUUGACUCCCAUGGAGCCAGUCCAAAACACACCAUAUUUCCAAAUGUUUAAUCGUAACCCUUAUGUGUCUGAGACUUCAAAUGUACUGCAGGAAGCACGAGAGGAUAAUAAAUGUAUGUUUGCCAAAAUCCUUGAAGCAAUUAAACAGGCUGAUCGAGUAUUGGAGGAAAGGAAAGCUACAAAAUGCCAGAUUGAGAAAAAUAGGAUUGAUGAACAGCAAACUGGAAACAAGGUCAAUAUUAAAAGGAAGCCAAAGCAAAUAAAUCCAUUUCAUCUUAAAGUUGGACAUGAAGUGCUUAGACAAAGGAAAAACUGGUGGAAAGAUGGCCGUUUCCAGUCAGAGUGGGUUGGUCCCUGUAUUAUAGACUACAUCACAGAUAAUGGAUGUGCAAUACUAAGAGAGACCACAGGAUCCAGACUAAAAAGACCCAUCAAAAUGUCUCACCUUAAACCAUACAUAAGAAGAUCCAGUGGACAAGACAACCAUUAUCUCUUACAAGGUUCAAUAGUGGUUGACCAUGACUACGUUGGCUUAUCGGAAAGUUCAUAUGGGCCAUGCCCACAAGACACCAUUGCCGAAGGGGAAGUAAAUACCCCUGCAGCAAACAAUCUGCUGUCUCCACCCUACAAAGACAAUGAACCAUCAGAAUGUAAAAGUCAGUCGGAGUUUACUGAAGAUCAUAGCAUUCUGUCAGCUAACUCAAAUCCAGAGCAAUGGUCUUCAAGCUGUUGGACUCUUCAAACCAAGCUAGAGGAUACUUAAGUAAAUAAAACCCCACAAUGUUUCACUAAAAGAAAUGGUCCUAAAUGUCUCUGGUGGAAUGGAAAGGGCUUUAGCAGCUUUAAAUGCCUUAGCCAAGUUUUAAAUAUUGAAAUGUUAGAUGCUUGUAUUUACAACUGUAUAUAUUUGUGAAUAAUAUGUGUCUGGUAAUUAGUUUGUAUAUAUACACUAAGAUGCUUAUGCUUGUUUUACAAGGAAUAUGGGAAUAGUUUAGUAAAGACAUAUUUCACCACUAUACAAUGGGAUUUGGUCUAUAAACACAGUGCAGAUUAGAGUUAACAGUAUGGGCCUGUCCACAGCGCAUUAGUCCUUAACCACAAAAGUAAAGGAUAACAUUUCAUUUUAUGGCCACUACACUGGUCCUGUGGAUGGUUCAAGAACUCUGAAAACUCCAGGACUGUAAGCUGAACAACCUGACUGCAGUCUGUCUCCAGCUCCAGGAAGGUGAAAUGGUUCACCAUCCUACUAUUGUACAACUUUGUUUCCAGCUCUUUGGGGAAGUUGUGAGCUCUGCCUUUUACACCUUCUAUUCUUUAUCGGUGGCACAAGACUCUACAACCACAUGAAACAGCAGAGGUGCCAAAGUGUAGUGCAAGAACUGUUCUGUUUGAGAAACAAAUAGCCCUACAGUGACAUGGGCAGAAUUUUUCCAGUUUUACUCCCAGCCCAUCAAAACUCUUUAGGGAAAGGAGGUUUUUAGAGCCUUUUAGGCACCUUAAGGCCGCCUAAAGCACGAACAGGGACUGUCUCUGCUCAUCUCCAUAUCAUCUUCAAAGCAAAUCUCAGAGAUGUGGCCUCCUUGCAGCAUGAGCACCCCACACCAACUGGUUUGUGUAGGUGCUUAGGAGUGCCUGGCUGGCUGCUCAGUCUGUCCCUGUCAUUGGUGAUUUUUAUCAUGCUGUCAAAGAUUUUGGAACUCAUGUGAUUAACCAUGUAGUGACAGUCCUUGGUAAA